GGGCUCCCAGGGGGACACCGGGGUGGGCGUGGCCUUUUUUUCUCUCCAGAACGGUUUACAGCUUUACGGCACCAGACGCUGCAGCGCUGUGACCUUAAUGGUCCCUGUCCCUGGUCCUGCUCCCCAGCAGCCUCAUGGAUCUGCGCCACCUGUGCCUUCAGGCCAGGGAAACAGGCAGCCCCGCGAAACGCGGGUCGACGAAUGUCCGCCAAGCACCCCUGACCUCACUACCUUUGCAGUAGCAAGCAGACUGUAGCCAUAAGUACGAAUGUCUAUGUGCCUAAAUUUCUCAAUAUAGAUAUAUAUUUGUGGAUAUUUAUUUUUGAAGGGGAAACCAGCUGGCAUCUGGAACCUUUGUGAAUGAGACUUUGUAAGAAGUGCUUCCUUAAAGUAGGGACGCAGAGUUCGUGCUGUUUUAGAACCAAAGUCGACGUGCGAGGCCUUGUGAAUCUGAAGCUGGUGUGGAGACGGCGUGGAGACUGACAACCUCCUUGGCUGAACAUUCUCAGACCUGAGUCAGCGAUUCUCUUUGACCAUCAAAAAAUGGCGACACUCCAUGUUUAACUCCCUUACUUUAGAAUUUGAGAAAUAUUAUCCAUAUUUAAAAAAACAAAACUGAAACACCCAUUGAUCUUAGGCCUGAGGUCCAAAGUAUGCGGCUGAACAUUUGUAUACAUAAUCCACUUCAAAGGAUUGUGUUGUACGCAUAUUUAUGAUUAAUUUUAUUUAUGUCAUAGGUCUCCGUCAUGUGAAUGUACAUUUUUAAUGCACUUAAUUCCUCUUUCUUACAGGCACAUUCAUUUUAGAAAUGUAUGUAAAAUAUUUUUUUGCAUUUUAAUGCAAUGCCAAAACUAAACUGUGACAUGACACUUGACCAGGGGUGCACAACGACAGCCAAUCCGUUUCGGCAUUUCAUUCCAAUUUCUGUUAUUUAAUUAGCCUCAAUCAUUUAUUUGAUCUGACCUCUGCAGCUGUAAAAUGCAUUUUAAAACACUUUUUUGCGCUCUGAUAGCUAUCGGAGUAAAUCUACAUCGGUACGUAUAGCAAAGUUACGCUAGAAUAGUUGUUGGAACUAAACCCAGCACACACGCACGCGUGCACUUCAGGACUGAAGUUGUGCACCCCUUCGACACAUCUUGCAUUGAGGGUUUUGUGCUCCUCCUCAACCUUAUUGCUGAUUUGGAAAACGGUGGCGGAACGAAAGCUGUGCAGAAGGCUGGCCACUAGAUGGGGCUGUGUGUUUGCUGGCUGGUACAGCUACGUCUAACGCAAAAGAGGAUUCUUCCCAGUGUCCGACAGCGCCGGUGGACAGAGACAACCACUGACAUCUGUAAGACUACUUGCCUUCUCAUCGAAAAGGGACUAUCAGAAAUGUUUCCCCUUUCUAAUACACACGCUCAGCGAUUGUCAGGUUCCACACUGUGAACAAACGGCUGCCUUUCACCUGACUUACUACCAGAGAAUACUUUUAUCUGACGAGUGUUUUAUUGGGUUACUGUACAAUCGUGUGUGUGAUGGACGUAUGUGCUGAGGAAACUGCUUUUACGCAGCCUGUAGACAUUGAUGAGGGUAAAGGACUUCCCCUGUUAAUCUCGAGAAGGCCUGCACUGUGUUUGAUUAACUUGUGUAUUUUAUGAGAAGUGUGCUAGUCUAUAAAUCAGUAUGCUUUUAAUGGAAAAUUCCCUUGGUCGUGUGGUGUUUCAACUCAAAUGAAAGUGCUGACGCGAUCAAUCAAGUCCGCAGCAGUUUAUACGUGUGCCAUUGAGGUUUAGACAGCCUGGAUAAAAGAGGGCCCGCUUAAUUGCUUAAUUGCUUACACACAGACACCUUCUUGGAAAGUAAAACGAUGUCUGGGUUAGUCAGUCAAUUCAGCAGAUUUAGCUUGGAAUAUAACAAAAAUAAUCUAGUAGGCCUUUCUUUUUUUUCUUUUCUUUCGAUAGAGACCACAUAAGGAAUCGUAUUCUGGUAUCACGCAAUCUUGACAUUUGCAAGCACUCUUGUGUAAAAGCAUGUUACGCUGCUACAUUGCACUUUUGAAACAAGUCUGUAAAAUAACUUCGAAUAAUUAAGGGAAAUUAAAUAGGACAAUUUCCUUCGCUUUCACUAAUUUGUUAUUGCCCGCACGUGAUAGAAGGCCCAGUGAACUAUCGGACACAUAACAGUGUCAAACAAAAUCGUAUUGUUCUUUCUCGUGGUCAGACUAAGAAGAGAAAGAGAGAAAAAAAGUUUACAGCAGUGUGAGAAUGAACAGCGUAAACCACGGGCAACUAGAUGCGAUACCACGUCUAAAAUUAUUUAACUGCGUUCACGCCGAAUGUGGAGCCAGGUUCACCAAGGAAUGGCGUUUGAAAGAACACGAAACGGUCCAUACUGGCGCGCCGCCGCCUCUGUUUCCACACCAGCGACCCUUGCAGUGCCCCCAGCCGGGUUGUGGCCGACGCUUUUCCCGCAGGUCUCACCUCAGCCGCCAUAAUUUAAGCCACUCCGGAGCGAAGCAGUUCAGAUGUACUCAGUCGGGUUGCCCCAGCAGCUUCUUUAGCGUUGGCAAACUGAAGAGGCAUGUCUUGUAUGCCCACGGUAACAAGGACACGUACUUCAAGUGUCGUCACCCAGAAUGCCAUCUAAUGUUCCGGAAACGCAGGAUGUACAAGAUGCAUCUGAAAGAACAUGGCGUCUCUCCAAACUUCAGGUGUGUGAAGGAGGGCUGCGGGGCGGAGUUCGAGACCCGUGUGGCUCGCAGGGCUCACGAGAGAACCCACGCAGGCUACUCCUGUCCUGUGAUUGGCUGCCAGGUGGUGGAGCGCACCUGGGGGAGGAUACGCAAGCACGCGCAGACGCAUCCAGCGUCCUACGCCUGCUCACGGUGCCAGGCGAGCUUUGGGAGGCGGGAGGCCCUCCGUCGCCACCGGCGACGCCACGCCCUGCAGAAGCCCGUGCUGCUGUGUCCCCGGGAGGGCUGCCAGAGCUACUUCUCCACCACCUUCAACCUGCAGCACCACAUCCGCAAGACGCACCUGCAGCUGCUCAAACACCGCUGCGCCUACCCUGCCUGUGAGCGCGCCUUCGCCAUGAGGCGGUGCGUCUCCAGGAAAAACCGCAGAGCUGUCUGGCUUUUGACUGGUGGUUUUUGCUGCCCCCUGCAGGAGAGCCUGAACAGACACAUGGUUCACCACGACCCGCACGGGGCCGGUUUGAAGAAGCGCUGGCGGUCCAGUAAGAAGUGGCAGAAGCGGCUGAAGGGCGGUCAGCAGCGCCCCCUGGUGGAGGAGGACCUGCGGCGCCUCUUCGCCCUGCGCCUGCGUUUCCCGCGCCGGGCCAAGGUGGAGGCCGACCUCUCGGGCCUCUUCAACGAGCGCAAGAUCCCGCGCCUCGUCAGUCCCGAGGUCAACCUGCAGCAGCUCUUCAGCCUCAAAGCGCCCGGCAACCAGGCCCCCCCGGCCAAGGUUUAGAGGCAAACGGGCAGGGGACGGAUACCCCAAAAAAAUCCCUGAGAAUAUUUUUGAACUUUAAUUUUCUUGACCCUUUUUUUUGUUCCUAUUUGGAAUGGGCUUGACUGUUUGACAGCCUGAAUUUAAGUCAAAUUUUGUUGUACAAAUGACAAGAGAAAGUGGGUAUUUUUCUUUAAAUGAGACCAUAAGCCUUGUAUGUUCUAUGUAUGUUUUGUUGAAUAUACCCAAUAAAGAGGGACAUUGCCCCAAAUAGCAAUA